AUGUCGUCCAGAGUCACUCGCUCGCAAAGGCGCCAAUCCGGCAACCCGCUCAACGACACCACCGACCCCUCGCCGCCAGCCCUCCCGCCCACGCCAGCCCUCCCGCCGCCGCCCCCAUCUUCUCGCAAGCGCAAGUCUGCUGCGCCGGACCACUCGCCCGACCAGCCCGACCACGCAGACGCUCCCCCCGCCCGUGGAGCUCGCAGCAAGCGCUCCAAGGUCGACGCCCAAGACCCCCCACCCCAGCCCAAGACACGUUCCAAAAAGGCAAAGGGCAAGGCCGCCGCUGCCAUGUCUUCCUCUGGCCCGCCAUCAGAUCCCAUCGACGAGAAGGCGACGCCCCAGCCCUCGAGGCGCUCCAAGGGCGGCCGCAGGAGUGCCGGCGACAGCUCGAGGCGCCAACCGAAACCCCCCUCCAACGCCGACGCCGACGCCGACACACCAUCGACCUCUCGCCGCAGCUCUCGAAGGUCCACCAAGGCCGAAACAGACACCAACAUGGACGACGCUCCCCCACCCAGAAACGAAGACAACGCGCGCCACUCGGCCGACGAGCACACCAGUGACGACGAGCACGGAGACGCACACGGCGAGCGCUACGAAGAAGAGGAUGAAGACGACGACGACGACGAUCCCUUUAGUGGCGGGUUCCUUGGACGCAACACGCACAGCCUUUCGGCCCUGAGGCAGCUGACCGGCAUUAUGGCAGGCACCACGCAGCGUCUGCGCGGCAUCCUGGAACAACUGCGCUCGCCCGAUGACUCUGUCCAAUUGAUAGCACUCAAUGAGCUUUCGGAAGUGCUCCUCAUCUCCACCGAGGACAAUCUAGCUGGCCACUUUUCUCCCGACGCAUACGUCAAGGAGCUCGUCAAGCUCAUGCAGCCCAACGAGUUCACAAUGGAAGAGAAUCCCGAGCUCAUGCUACUCGCCUGCCGCUGCCUCGCCAACUUGAUGGAAGCGCUCCCCCAAGCAACAGCCAACGUCGUCUACGGCGGCGCAGUCCCGGUCCUCUGCUCCAAGCUGCUCGAAAUCAACUUUAUCGAUCUCGCAGAACAAUGCUUGAGCACAUUGGAGAAGAUCUCGAUUGAGUUUCCUGGCGUCAUUGUGCGCGAGGGCGGCCUGACGGCCUGUCUUACCUUCCUCGACUUCUUUGCCACCAGCACGCAGCGAACUGCCGUCACGACUGCCGCCAAUUGCUGCCGUAAUAUCCCCGAAGAUUCAUUCCCUGUCGUGCGCGACGUCAUGCCUAUCCUUGAGAACAUCCUCAACAACAAUGACCAAAAGGUGGUGGAGCAGGGCUGCAUAUGCGUAUCUCGCAUCGUCCAGAGCUUCAAGCAACAAGAGAGCAAACUUGAAGAGCUUGUCAGCCCGGGCCUUCUCAAGGCAAUCCUCCGCCUUCUUCUACCAGGCAGCACCAACCUGAUUGGGCCCAGCAUUCACACCAUGUUCCUCCAGGUUCUUACGUAUACCGCCAAAGCUAGCCCGCGCCUGUCUGCCGAGCUGCUCAAGAUGAAUGUCGUCGACACCCUGUAUCAGAUUCUCACUGGUGUGUCGCCUCCCAGCGGCACCGAAGACGUCGCGGCCAAGAUAGACUCUGUCAUCAUCAUGCAAGCUCUCAUUCACCGGCCCAAGGAUCAGGUUUAUGAAACGCUGAAUGUCAUUUGCGAGCUUCUGCCCGAUGUCCCCAAUGAAGGCCUGUCGUAUCUCGACGACCUCUUUGACGCCGGCUAUCCGGGUGAUGAUCUUCUUCCUCUUUCCUCCACAAACAAGAAGACUACGAAUGAAAAGCGUGUAGAGCUUCUCGAAGGGUGCAAGACGGAGGUCAAGCGCUUUGCUGUGAUCCUUCUGCCAACUCUGACGGAUGCCUACUCCAGUACCGUUAACCUCAGUGUUCGCCAAAAAGUACUCACGGCCCACCUCAAGAUGUUGUCCAACCUCGAUACCGAUAUUCUGGAAGAAGCCUUGCGCCCGGUGCCGUAUGCAUCGCACUUGGCGUCAAUAUUCACUCAGCAGGACCACCCGUCUCUCGUCACGUACGCUCUGCAGGCUGCCGAGCUGCUGCUCAAGCGGCUGGAGUCUAUCUAUCGCUAUCAGUUCUACCGUGAAGGGGUCAUUUCAGAGAUUCAACAACUUGCAAAUCGUCCAUGUAAGACAUUGGACGGUCGGACCAAAGAGUCAAAGUCCACUUUGGGCGCCACAAUGACUGCCUCGGGCGAUAGCACCGCCUCUUCAGCGGAGCCAGAAGCCGAGUCGGAGACGGGUAACCUGAAUGAGGGCGUCGACGUAGAAAUGCAGUCAGAGGACGAGGGCGACGAGGUGGACCUCGACGACGAGCCGAACACAAGCAGCCAGAACCGAGACGAUGACGACGAAUCCGACUCAUCCUCGUCCUCUGAUCAGCGCGAACCGCCGCCGAUGCCCAAUAUCGAAGAUAUCAUCACCCUACGUGCCAAAAAGUUCAUCGAGACGCAUGAAAGGGAGGGUGACAAGGCUACGCGCGACAAGGCAACUGCGGUUCUGGAUGAUCUCAAGUCGCUGGCUACCGAAAUCCGAGCCUGCGGUUCCAAGGGCACCGCAAACAAAUUCAUGGAUCUGUUCACCCGACUGGCUUCUUAUUUUGAAGGCGAUGCACUAGAAAGCAUCACCAGUUACGAGCUCAAGUCAUCCAAGAUUGUGGAAGUGCUGUUGGAAGUCUUCUCAAAGCACAUAUCUUCAAAGGAUAUUGAUCCUAGACCCAUCUUCCUGGAGGCUUUCAUGGGCGGCAGCAGCCAGAGCAAGAUCAAGACUGCCAGCACCGCAUCUCCAGCGACUCCUUUCAGCGUCUUGGUCCAUAAACUUCAGGACCUCCUCAGCAGGUCCGAGCAUUUCGAUGUCAUCACUGUACAUCAAAACAUGUACGACAGCCGAGGAAGCGCGACCUCUAUGCUAGCCAAGCAACUGCGAUUGAAGCUCGUCGCCGAUGAUGACUCGGGCAUUCCCAAGACCUAUCGUAACAUUAUGGUGUCUAUUCACGCAAUUGCGACUUUCAAGGCUCUGGAUGACUACCUCCGCCCACGCAUAAGUCUUGCUGAUCGGCCACGGCCUGCUAAGCCCAGGGAUCAAUUUGCCCGUGACCAGUUCGAAGCCAUGUAUGCUCAAGCUCUUGCUGAAGGUCGUGCGCCUGCGCCGCCCCGGACGCCGUCUGAUUCAGCAGGCCGCGCUUCGAAAAGGUCGUCGCGGUCCAAGCCAGCUCUGCCAGAGUCGCCCCAGCCAGGUCCCAGCUCUGCUACGCGCGAAAAGACACGGCGGUCAAGUAGGCGUCAGCAGCAGCAGAACCCUCCGCCUCCACCCCCACCUCCAGCCAUGCCGCACUCGAACGACAGUCAGGAACCUGUGGAAUGUGCCGACGAAGCUCAGGUAUCCGACCCGGAAUCUAUGGACGAGGACAGUGCCUUGAACGCAAUUGUCGAUGAUCUGGAAGAAGAUCUUGACGAAGACAUGCCAGAUCCCUCUGCUGUGAGCGUCGAGGUCGCAUCAACAGGAAAAGCUACUGCUCACCAGGAGGAUGGCACGAGGAUCGCGACACCAGUACAAGGUACACCAAUGGCGAAACCACCCCCGGAGAACAGAACUCCUGCUUCGCGAUUGUCGGCACUCCUACAGAGCUCAGCUAUGCGCCAGAGUCUAGGUGGAGCGGCCAGUGCCCUCUCAUACGCUGCCGCUGUUCAGUCAACUCCCCAGGAUUGGCACAUUGAGUUCAGCGUCAACGAACAGCCCCUCUCGAAUGAGACAACCAUCUACCGCGCUGUGCACUUUACCAGGCCACAGCCAUCGGAAGGCCCACAGCGCUCGGUAUGGAAUGGCAUUCAUACCAUCAAGUUCAGGCGGGUGCAGGGCCCUCCACCAAGCGAGUCGAGCUCCUUGACACCACCCCCAGAGUCAAAGUCGGAUGUUGCAGGCAUGCCGGCUUCGCUGGAUCAACACCCCGUGACAUCUGGUAUCCUGAGGCUACUCAGUAUACUUCACGGAUUGAACUCGCAUCUCGAUGAUAUACUUUUGGCAAACAAGGAGCAAAUCAAGCUCAACGCAGAGCCACUAUCACAGUUUGUCAACACAAAGCUUACGGCGAAACUCAACCGCCAGCUUGAGGAGCCUCUUAUCGUGGCCAGCAACUGUCUGCCUAGCUGGAGUGAAGAUUUGGCUCGCUUCUACCCGUUCUUGUUCCCGUUCGAGACUCGCCAUCUCUUCUUGCAGUCAACUUCGUUUGGCUACUCACGAUCGAUGACAAGAUGGCAAAACUCGCAGCCUACGAGCGAUUCACGAAGCGACCGACACCGAGACGAGCGUCCCUUUUUGGGUAGACUACAGCGACAAAAGGUACGGAUAUCGCGAUCGCGGAUCCUGGAGUCGGCCAUGAAGGUCAUGCAGCUGUACGGACACUCUGCCAGUGUUUUGGAAGUGGAGUACUUUGAGGAGGUUGGAACUGGCCUGGGUCCAACCCUGGAAUUCUACUCGACUGUGUCCCGGGAGUUCUCCAAGAAGAAGCUCAAGCUUUGGCGAGAGAAUGAGUCCAACGACGGCGACGAGUAUGCCUUUGGUAAGCGGGGAUUAUAUCCUGCGCCCAUGAGUGAAGAGGAAGCGAACAGCGAAAACGGCGAAAAGCGCCUAGAGUUGUUCAAGGUCCUGGGCAAAUUCGUGGCCCGUUCUAUGCUCGACUCUCGCAUCAUCGACAUCUCGUUCAACCCAACCUUCUUCCGCAUCAGCGAUGGUUCGAGCGCAGCAGUCGUACCAUCUCUCGGGGCCAUCAAGACUGUCGAUGAGGGUCUGGCCAAAUCUCUGGUGUUGCUCAAGCAAUUCGCCGAUGCUAAGAAGAACGUCGAGGACAGUGACUUGAGCCCAGAGGAAAAGGCAGCAGCUCUUGAGAAGAUUGUCAUACACGACUGUACGGUGGACGACCUGGCACUGGACUUUACUUUGCCCGGCUAUGAUUCGAUCGAGCUCAUUGAGAAUGGAGCGAACACACCGGUUACGAUCAGCAACGUUGACAGGUAUGUCGACAAGGUUAUAGACUUUACCCUGGGCUCCGGUGUGGAGCGACAGGCAAAUGCUUUCCGUGAAGGCUUCACCGAGGUCUUCCCGUAUUCUGCACUUAAAGCCUUCACCCCAGACGAGCUGGUGAUGCUCUUUGGCAGGACUGACGAAGAUUGGACGCUUGAAACACUGAUGGACUCUAUCAAGGCAGACCACGGCUACAAUCUCGACAGCAAGAGCGUACGCAACUUGUUGGCUACCAUGAGCGAGUUCAACGCACAAGAGCGGCGAGACUUUCUGCAAUUCAUUACUGGUAGCCCCAAGCUUCCGAUUGGAGGAUUCAAGGCUCUCACACCGAUGUUUACCGUCGUCUGCAAGCCCAGCGAGCCGCCAUUCACGUCGGACGACUACCUUCCGUCUGUCAUGACAUGCGUCAACUACCUCAAGAUGCCAGACUACAGCAGCGUUGAGGUGUUGCGCGAGAAACUCAGCGUUGCGAUUCGCGAAGGCCAGGGGGCUUUCCAUCUUUCUUAAAGUGUGAAGUGGUGGGUUAAGGCGGAAGGUGUAUACCCUGGGGUUUUCCUUGGGCGUCGGACAUUGAUAUCCAUGGAUUCAGAUGCAAGGUCGAGGCUCUUAUGAAAUGUAUGCACAUGGGUUUAGCAUGCAUUGCGGGUAGUUUUUGUUUGUGUUCUUUCUUUUUCUUCUUUUCUUUUCGGGGAGGACGGCGUUUGAAGCCCAUGUAAUUUUUGCCAUAGCAUUAGUCUGUUCAACAGACUAUAGAAUCGC